GCCUGUCUCACCUCGCGGCCGGCAGCCUUGCGCGACGCGCCGCGCUCUUUCACAUUCAAAAUUAUUCGCAAUCAUUGCAAAAACUCUCUGUGCAAUAAAAAUAUCCCAUUACUCGCUGCGGUCGCAUUAAUUCUGAAAACAGAGAGAGAUCUUUACAACUUUUUGAACACAUUACUUGUCUUUCAAAGUUUGAAUGCACUCCUCGUUGCAUGUCCCGCGCGCGUCGUUAUGAGAACCCCGUACUGGCGGUCACGUUGACGUCGCGCGGUGCCGCCAUAUCUGUCUCGGCCACCAACUAGCAAAAUUAAUAGGCUCAAAAAUUUGUUUCACAUCACUAGAAGAAUGCGAUGACCCGCGCAUUCGCUUUUUGAAAUUACGCCUUACCCGGAUGGAAUGAGGAGUGCACUAUCCUAUUGUUUCACAGUUUCUUAUGUUUGAACAUCAUUUGUUUUUUUGUUUUUCGGACAAUUAGAGAGUUGUCAUUUUCUUCCAAAAUUACAAAAAAUUGUAAAAUAAGAAUGGCGGAGGGUAAUGGAGAAAUAUCCCUAGAAGAGGUCCCCGGGAAGGACUCUGAUGUUGGCCGGACACCAGAUUACCACAAACUUAUAGAAUAUGGCUUGGACACAAAGGUAGCAAGCAAGCUCGACGAUAUUUAUAAGACUGGAAAGCUAGCGCACGCAGAGUUGGACGAGCGUGCGUUAGAUGCCUUAAAAGAAUUUCCAUCCGACGGUGCUUUAAGUGUUCUUGGACAAUUUUUAGAUUCAAAUCUCGAACAUGUAUCUAAUAAAAGUGCUUAUUUAUGUGGAGUCAUGAAAACCUAUAGACAGAAAAGCAGAGCGGGAGUGCAGGGCGCGCCCGCGCUGGCUUCCACUGUCCAGGUCAAAGGACCCGACGAAGAGAAGAUCAAACAGAUCUUGGAGAGGACCGGUUACACGUUAGACGUGACGACAGGUCAGCGCAAAUACGGCGGGCCGCCGCCGGGCUGGGAGGGCGGCACGCCCGGCGCCGGCUGCGAGGUGUUCUGCGGGAAGAUCCCCAAGGACAUGUACGAGGACGAGCUCAUCCCGCUGUUCGAGCGCUGCGGCACCAUCUGGGACCUGCGCCUCAUGAUGGACCCCAUGACGGGCACCAACCGCGGGUACGCCUUCGUCACCUUCACGACGCGGGACGCCACGCAGCGCGCCGUGCACGAGCUCGAUAAUCACGAAAUAAAACCGGGGAAGACUCUGAGAAUUAAGAUUAGCGUUCCGAAUCUGCGACUUUUCGUCGGCAACAUUCCCAAGUCUAAAGGCAAAGAGGAGAUACUGGAAGAGUUUGGUAAAUUAACAGCCGGACUCGUAGAAGUAAUUAUAUAUAGUUCGCCCGAUGAUAAGAAGAAAAAUAGAGGAUUUUGUUUUUUGGAAUACGAGUCUCACAAAGCCGCGUCGUUAGCUAAGCGUAGACUUGGAACUGGUAGAAUAAAGUCUAAUGAUCCUUCGCAGGUAUGGGGCUGUGAUAUUAUAGUGGAUUGGGCUGAUCCUCAAGAAGAGCCCGACGAGCAAACUAUGAGUAAAGUUAAGGUGUUAUACGUCCGAAACCUGACCCAAGAAAUAACGGAAGAGGCGCUGAAAGAAGAAUUUGAACGUUACGGGACCGUUGAACGAGUCAAGAAGAUUAAGGAUUAUGCUUUCGUCCAUUUUGAAGACCGAGAUUGUGCUGUUAAGGCGAUGGAAGAAUUAUAUGGAAAAGAUAUGGGCGGCGCUCGUUUGGAGGUGUCGCUGGCGAAACCCCCUUCAGACAAGAAGAAGAAAGAGGAAAUAUUGCGUGCGCGUGAACGUCGGAUGACCCAAAUGAUCUACGGCCGUGGCGGAUUUGAUUGGUGCAGCUGCUCGCCGGUGCACGGCGCGCUGCGCGGCCGCACGCCGCAGCCGCAGCCGCGCCCGCCGCAAGCGCGCGGCGACUACGAUUAUGAUUACGACUAUUACGGGUACGGGGAUUACCGAGGUGGCUACAAUGAGCCAUUUUACCGGUACGAUGAGUUCUAUUUUGAUUACGCGGGGCCACCGCAACCGUCCGCCGUCCGCCAGCCUCCCAACAGAGCGCAACCGGGGGCUGGGUCAUGUGGGACGGGCGCCCGCUGGGCGCGGCGCGGGGCCGCGGCUGGGGCCCGUGGUGGUGCGCGGCGCGCCGCUCGUGGCCGCCGCACGCCCAGCGCCAUGCGUGGCAACCCGCGCGCCAAGCCAAGUUUACCAGGUAAACGUAAACACGACGGGGGUCAGCAGAACGCUGGGGGGGAGAGCAAGCGCCGUCGCGCCGCCGCCGGGCGCCGCGCGCGCGAGCCCCUGUCCCGGAGACACUACAAGCUGCGCAGGGGAGCACCUCGCCCGCGCACCGCGCCUCGCACGCUCCGCAGCGGUUCACGGUUACGUUUACGCCCGGUCCGCCCGCCCUAGCGGGGGGAUCGUUCCACUUUUUUCUAUAUAUGUGUUUUUUUUAUUUGAUUUUCACGUUUUCGAUUUUGUAUCGCGACGAUUCCGUAAAAAUCUUAAAGUAGGACGUUAUGAAAUGUUUCGAAUGUAAGUUUCCCGUUAUGCUUAUGUUUUCACUGUCGUAUUAGCCGUAUAUAUUUAAUAUAUACUUUAUUUUUGUGAGGGCGCGCGGCCGCGGUUGCCUGUUUGCGGUCGCGCGUCGGGUCGCCGACCCGUCGACUGUCUGUUUUUUUUAAUACAUGUUAUUCGAUAUAUUUUAUUCCUGCGAACGCAUUUUGCGAUGUGAUGUGUAUUUUAGCAGUAAUUAUUAUAUUAUAAGGAGUUUGACUGUUGUUUUUUGACAAACUUACAACUUAGGUUACACGAGAAAGAAUUUAUGGAAUGAAUUGAACUCGACGACUCUAUCAAUUACGGCUAAAAUAAAAAACACCUGUAAUCGAUAACAUUUCCCAACUGUGUUCCUGCUUUAGUUUUUUGCUUUAUUUUUAUUACAUAUUUCCCUUUAAAAUACAUUAGUGUGAAGAAGUAGUAAUGUAAAGUUCAGGAUUUCUGCAAUGUUUAUUAUUAUCGCUGUACUAAACUUUUUUGUAUUUCGACCACAUAGCAUGUCCAUACUGUUAGAACUCUGACUUGUAUCAAUCUUGUAUCAGUUAAUAUGUGGAAUAAAUUUGCAAAACUGUGUUUGCCUUAUUA